AAUUGGAAUUGUUGUGUGGAUCACAUACGUACUUCAUUCAUCAUUUUUCAAACAAGUAUUUACUAUAGCAUUUUUAGCAACCACUCAUUCCUUUUUCCUAGCAUCUAAUAUCAAAUAAACUCAAUUUAGCAACAGUUUCUCUUUUCAUUCUCAGUCCUAUCCCAAUGUCUCAACUUCAGCUACUUCCUAUUCUUCUUCACAUUGUAACCAUGAUUCUAUCUUGUGUUUCCACUACUGAAUUUGUCUACAAUACAAACUUCAACUCCACAAACAUUGACUUAUAUGGAAAAGCCACUAUGCAGUCCUCCAUUCUCACUCUCACUAAUGGAAGUUUCUUCUCAAUAGGUCGAGCUUUUUACCCGAAAAUAUUACCUACCAAACUUCCCAACUCUUCCAUUCUUCUCCCCUUUGCUACUUCCUUCAUUUUCUCUGUUGCCCCCGUCAAAAACUUUAUUGCAGGACAUGCCCUUGCCUUCAUAUUCACACCCUCAAGAGGUCUAAAUGGCACAACAUCAGCCGAGUAUAACGGUCUUUUCAAUCUCACCAAUGAAGGUAAUCCUAAUAACCAUGUUCUUGGAAUUGAAUUUGAUAUAGUUAGAAACGAAGAAGAAUUCAACGAUAUAAAUGAUAAUCAUGUUGGUGUUGACAUAAAUUCGCUUACAUCCUUAACUUCACAUGAGGCUGGCUACUGGAGUGGGAAACAUGACAAUGAAUUUAAGGUGUUGAAGAUAAAAAGUGGAGAAAAUUAUCAGGUAUGGAUUGAAUUUAUGCACUCUCGGAUAAACGUUACUAUGGCUCGUGCGGGACAAAAAAGGCCUCGGGUUCCUCUCAUCAGUGUGAAUGUUAACCUUGCUGGGGUUCUUAUGGACGAAACCUAUGUUGGAUUCUGCGCUGCCACAGGGCGAUUAAUCGACAGUAGUAGGAUUCUUGCUUGGAGCUUUAGUAAUUCAAAUUUUUCAAUCGGUGAUGCUUUAGUGACAGACAACUUGCCUUCGUUUGUCCCUUAUAAGGGAUGGUCUUCUCGAGCAAAAGUUAUAGCUGUUGGAGUCACCAGUGUUGUCUGUUUGUUAAUCGUUGGUUGCGGUUAUGCACUGUUUUUCUUCAUCCUAUAUAGAGGAGGGAAGGGAGACGAAGAAAUUGAAGAGUGGGAACUAGAAUAUUGGCCACAUAGAAUUAGUUUCCAAGAGAUUCAUGAAGCAACAAGAGGGUUCUCUGAAGAGAAUGUGGUUGCUGUAGGAGGGAAUGGAAAGGUAUAUAAAGGGAUUUUGCAAGGAGUUGAAGUUGCCGUCAAGAGAAUCCCUCAAGAAAGAGAGGGUGGAAUGAGAGAGUUUUUGGCAGAGGUUUCAAGCAUAGGAAGAAUGAAACACAGAAAUUUAGUAGCAUUGAGAGGUUGGUGCAAAGAAAAAAAAGGAAGCUUGAUUCUAGUUUAUGACUUCAUGCACAACGGAAGUUUAGACAAAUGGAUCUUUGAGUGUGAAGAAGAAAAGAUGCUAAUAUGGAAAGAAAGGAUUCAAGUUUUGAAAAAUGUAGCUGCAGGGAUUCUAUACCUACAUGAAGGUUGGGAAGUUAAGGUCUUGCAUAGAGAUAUCAAAGCAAGCAAUGUUCUACUUGACAAGGACAUGAAUGCUAGAUUGGGAGAUUUUGGUUUGGCUCUUAUGCAUGAGCAUCAUGGACAAGUGGCCAGCACAACAAAAGUACUAGGGACAUUAGGAUACAUUGCUCCGGAAUUGAUUCGAACGGGAAGAGCGUCGACUAUGUCUGAUGUGUUCGGCUUUGGUAUAUUUUUGUUAGAAGUAAUUUGCGGGCGAAGACCUAUUGAAGUGCAUAAGCCAGGACUAAUUGAAUGGGUGAGGUCUCUAAUGAUGCUUAACCAAUUGCACAAUGCUGUUGAUGAAAGGUUGAAGGCCAAAGGAGGAUACCCUAUCGAGGAAGCCGAAAGAUUGCUUCAUUUGGGUUUGAUGUGUUCAAAUUCAGACCCUAGUGUUAGACCAACAAUGAGACAGGUUGUGAAAAUUCUAGAGGGAGAAAUGGACAACAUUGAUUGUGAUGAGGAAAAUAUGGAGAUGAGUUUGCAUGGUAAACUAAAAUCAAUUGUAAUGUGGUCUAAAACAAUAAGUGCAGUUCCAUAUAGAAAUCACCCUACUUUUGAAGAAGUAAAAAGUUAUAAUUCAAAGGCCUCUACAAGUGGCUCAAGUGUUAUUCAAGCAUCAGAUUCAGAUAUCAUUUGGGAAGGAAGAUAAUAUUAUAAGUUUUAUAUAUAUAGUUUAACUAUAUUUUUAGUUCCAAAGGGUAGGGACUAUAGAAACUUAAUUAACUUUUGUUUAUUAGAGAUUUAAGUGUAUCUAUCAUAUUGUGUAAAAUGAAAAAGAAUAUUCGAGUCCUUAGCUUAUUUAUAAUUCGUAGUUUCUGUACACUGCCUAAACAUGGAAGUUGUUGUUUUAUGAAACAUCCAAAGAAGGAUGAAUGUCGUGCCGUGCAUGUCAGGGUAUGGGGGGAUGAGUUGUGUUGGAGUAUUAUGAUGAUAGCAACACAAGUACUUCAUUUUUGGUGCAUGCAAAAGCAACACAACUUUUCUUCACAAGUCAAUUAUCAAUCC